AUGGCGAUGCCUUGGCCAUCAACUCCGUCUCCUUCGUUUUCAGUCUCGGCCAGCGAUGAACGUACACAGCUGAAUCGUAUGGGCCAGGAAAUGGACGCCUUGAAAACACGCAAUUCAGAACACUCCAUGAUGAUGUGCGAAUCGAACAAAGUCAUCCAGUCACUCAGGCAGACGCUCAAACGUGCAGAGCAGCCAUCGAAUGUGACUCCUGCCGCCGCUUACCGUCGACAACGACUCACCUCGGCCGAACGAGCGUCCGGCUCGAUCGAUGAACCCACCGACUGCACUCUCGACAGCGACAACGACACCGAACCCACCGACUGCACUAUCGACAGCGGCAGCGACGUCGAACCCUCUCACAAGCCCGGCCGAGCACUCGAACGAAGGAGCGCAAAUUCUCGGAAUCUACAACUUGCAAGUCAGAAUAUGACUACUCCGCAGAACAGAGUCCAUAAGGUCCCAACAAAGCGCUUAAAGUGGACAGAGACAGAGGUACAGGCUUUACUGUCCUAUGUCAAGCAAUACGACUUGCAUUACUCCAAGAUCAAGAGCAUAGAUGAUGCAGGAGAUCGAAAGCUUAGAGAUCGUGGUGGCGAACAGCUGCGUUCCAAAGUGAGGACUAUCGUGGUCAACGUCAUGAUCAAUGACGAGCCUAUGCCUCCUGGGCUCGAGCAUUGCCCCUUGCGUGACAAGGAUCUUGAAGAAAUAAAGCGACGAAGGAAAGGGUGA